AAAGUAGCUCUAGUAACAGUCCAUAUGACUUUAGUGCUUGCAGAGUGUUUUCAAGCAUGCGUGCAUGCACCAUCAUAGUGAGAAAUGAGCAUGGGCAGCCUGUGGCAGUUUGAAACCAGCAGCCAGCAUUGCUGACCACUGCUUGCGCAUCCCCCCUAAAUACGUCACCACAGAAGACUGAUCCCAGAUCUUGGGAAAUCUGUUCUUCUUCUGAAAGGCCUUCCGGCAAACUUUCUAGCCAGUACUUGCGCACAGCAAAGCCAACUCAAAAGAUAUCCCCACUGCUGCCGCAAACUUUAACUAGGACCAUUCAAGUUAUCCGCACUGCAAAGGAAAGGCAUUCCACAGCAUGAGAAGGUAUUCAAAAGGCCAAUGGCCAUUGCUCGCUGAAUGCCAGAUAAGGCAACCACAUGUUGUUGAAACACCCAUAAUGAAGCAUGGCGCAGCAGGAAGUAAUUGACUUGGUGGCAGAAGAAGAUCCGCCACCCAUGAGGGUGUCCUUUGAGGUACCUGGCAAGCCCAUGGCAGAAAAGAGGAUGCGCAUGGGCAAGUAUGGACUGUACCAUCCAGGAAGCAAAGAGAAGGAAGCAUUUAGACAAGCAGUGCAAGACUUGGUUCCAGCUACAGCCAGUGGAGUGCUUUUCCCAACCAGUGUACCAGUUACCGUGGAGGUUCAUUUUUGGAUGAGGAGACCGAACACCGACUUCCGUGGCAGCAGGAGAUUGAUGGGCAUUCUCAAGAAUUCAGUUGCCUUUGUGAGACCGAUUGUUCCUGACAUUGACAAUCUGCUCAAGUUCGUUUUGGACGGAAUGAAUCGCUUGGUCUACCAUGAUGACAGCCAGGUCGUGAAAUUGCUGGUGCACAAGCUACUGGAUAAUGAGGGUUCCUGUGAGGGUAGGACUCAGGUGCAAGUGUAUCCUUAUGGAAUGCCCUAGCGGACUGCUGAAACUGACAAAGUCGGCGCAGCAAUAGACGCCGACUUUGUUUCAGCUGUCCGCUAGGGCGGCGUAUUGAAAAUGGACCCCCCAAAGUACCCAAUUCAGUCUCAAUUUGGGCAUCCACCAAGCACAUCUUUAAAGCCUAAAACUAGUUCAAUUUUAUGUAUUUCA